GGCAAGGGGCGGAGCUCCUCCUGAAGUCCUGGGCUGGGAUUACGGGACAGGCUGACUUUGCCGCGACAAAAAGCCUUUUGUCCCGGGGAGUAAAUACGGAAGUCCAGAAGAGCAGCCUGCCUGCCCAUGUGUAGUAAGGUGUGGAGCCCCAGCCGCUUUGGGGCAUAGAAUUGCCCAGACUUAACAAGUUGCCCUGGGCACGCCGACCGGCAUCGAACAGACCGGAAGCGAGGACUCUGUGACCUGAAAGAGACCAAGUGUGUUUUCUGAGCUGCUGAAAGCCUGGCUCUCUCCCCGGUGCUGUAGCUCCCUGUCCUGUAAGUCAAGAGCAGAUGGAGCGGAUAAACUGAGCGAGCCGGGCAGGUAACACAAGGUAGAACUUCUGUCAAGGCCACUGCGGGGACAUGGAGGAGGCUGGUAACUCUCUCAGCAGCAGAGAUGAGCUGGAACCAAACAAAUCCGAAGCCGGGCUUGAGAUGGCUCAGUCGAUCCUGAGUAAAUUCUCUAUGAAAUCCCUGUUUGGAUUUACAAGUAAAUUGGACUCCUUGGAUCCUGAAGAGGAAGAUGCUGUGCUGAAGGCGUUUCGCAAUUUAGAGGUGGACCCCGCUCCUGAGGGAGAUGAUCCCAGCGAAGGCUCAGAUCAGUUACAGGCAGAAGCUCCGGUUCCACCUGAUCUCGAAAAUGAUGGGAAGUCAGCAACAGCCGAGACAGGAUCCGAAGGAAGUCAGGGGAAAGUCAGAUCGAGCACCUCUUCCCCUGGUCAUGAGCUGCUUUCACCUGCCACUGUGAGUGGGGAUAGCGAGGAUGUCCUUUGGGUCCGUGGGACCCUGGUUCACACCACAAGUGAUUCUGACUCUGAAGAUGGAGGCCAAGAGGCAGAAGAGGGAAGUGGCCUUGAUACGCGGGAGUCCACCACUGUUGUUUUAUCUGAACCAUCUCAAGAGCCCAAAGAAAGCCUGGAAAAUUCGGGAGAAAAUGACCACACUGGGGAGACUGAUGAUGCAGAACUCCGCGGUGAUUCUCAGAGUACUUUACCUGAGACAAGCAGCAAAGUGGACCCUGGCGGUGAUGAUAGCCAUUCAGCAGAGCAGGGCCAGGCUGCGGAAGAAAGGUCCCAAACGCCACCCGCAGCAACAGACCAGACUGUUGGUGUUGCUGAGGGUACUGUUUGUAAAAGAAGAGAGACUCCGGCGGAGAAGUCCUUCCAGCUUCCAGCUUUCUUUAGUGGGCUCCGUGUGCUGAAGAAGGGGGCUACAGCGGAGGCCGGGGAGACCAUUACUGAAAUCAAACCCAAGGAUGGGGACUUGGCUUUGCUCAAGUUGACCCAGCCUGUUCAUAAGUCUCUGGUGCAGGGAGGCCCACAGACAGUGAAGAGCCAGGGUAGAGCAACUGAUCCGAAGGCCACUCCCACUCUCCUGGAGCAGCUAUCUCAGCUGCUCAACAUUGACAUGCCAAGGACCGAACUGAAGGAAGCAGACCCCGAACUCCGUGGGGCAGACGAGAUGGGCUAUAGUACUGACCAGGAGAGUCAGAAGAGUUCUGGAGAUGCCCAAGUUCAGGGUACCCAGGUGAAGUCGAAGCCACCAGAGACUGCCCUGGAGGCCUUUAAGGCCUUAUUCAUCCGUCCCCCUAAAAAGGGGACCACCGCUGACACCUCGGAGCUGGAAGCUCUCAAGCGAAAGAUGAGGCAUGAGAAGGAAUCACUGCGCGCUGUGUUCGAAAGGUCCAAGUCAAGGCCGGCAGACAGCCCCACUGACCCCAAAAGCCCUGACCAGAGCCCCACGGAGCAGGACGACAGGACUCCUGGCAGACUCCAAGCUGUCUGGCCGCCCCCAAAGACAAAAGACACAGAAGAAAAAGUGGGACUGAAGUACACUGAAGCAGAAUACCAGGCUGCUAUCUUACAUCUGAAGAGGGAGCACAAAGAAGAAAUCGAAAACCUGCAGGCUCAAUUUGAACUCAAGACAUUUCACAUGCGGGGUGAGCAUGCAUUAAUAACAGCAAGACUUGAAGAAACCAUUGAAAAUCUCAAGCAACAGUUAAACCACCACUGGGGAGGAGGAUGUGAAGAGAUGAGAGACGCCUGCAUCUCCACUGAUGAUGACUGCCCCCCAAAGGCCUUCAGAAAUGUGUGCAUCCAGACAGACAGAGAGACGUUCCUGAAGCCCUGUGAAGGUGAAAACAAGGCAACCAGAAAUAACCAGAUAGUACCCAAGAAGUUGAAUAUCUCGUUAACCCAGCUCUCGCCCACAAAAGACAGCAAAGACAACCAUGCACCUCUUCAGACAGAGGAGGGCAUCUUGUCUAGUCAACAGAAGAAAUCACCUCCUCCCUCCACACCUCCUCUUCUUCCCCCUCCCAUCCCUCCCCCUCCCCCUCUCCCCACUGAACUCGGACCUUUGCCACCAGCACCACCCAUAUCACCCAUGAGCACUGGGCCACCACCACCACCUCCUCCACCUCCUCCACCACCUCCCUUGCCUCCAAGUGCUGGACCUCCCCCACCUCCUCCCCCACCACCACUUCCUAAUGUGCUGGCUCUCCCUAACAGUGGGGGGCUUCCUCCUCCUCCUCCACCUCCUCCUCCUCCCCCAGGACUUGCACCCCCACCUCCUCCUGGACUCUCCUUUGGACUCAGCUCUUCUUCUAGCCAGUGUCCGCGUAAACCAGCCAUUGAGCCCAGCUGUCCCAUGAAGCCUUUGUAUUGGACUAGGAUACAAAUCAGUGAUAAGAGCCAAGAUGCCACACCAACUUUAUGGGACUCCUUAGAAGAACCUCACAUCAGGGACACCAGUGAGUUUGAAUAUUUAUUCUCCAAAGACACAACUCAACAGAAGAAAAAACCCCUGUCGGAGAGCUAUGAGAAGAAGAACAAAGUCAAAAAGAUCAUCAAAUUAUUGGAUGGAAAACGAUCUCAAACUGUGGGAAUCUUGAUAUCUAGUUUACAUUUAGAAAUGAAAGACAUCCAGCAAGCCAUAUUUAACGUGGAUGACUCUGUGGUUGACCUAGAGACCCUGGCAGCCUUGUAUGAAAAUCGAGCCCAAGAAGAUGAACUGACUAGAAUAAGAAAGUACUAUGAGACCUCCAAAGAAGAAGACCUGAAGUUGCUGGACAAACCUGAACAGUUCCUGCAUGAGUUAGCCCAGAUUCCCAAUUUUGCUGAGCGUGCCCAGUGCAUAAUCUUCAGGGCUGUGUUUUCCGAAGGUGUCACUGCCUUACACAGAAAAGUAGAGAUUGUCACACGAGCCUCUAAGGGCUUGCUGCACAUGAAGAGUGUGAAGGACAUCUUAGCCCUCAUCCUGGCUUUUGGAAAUUAUAUGAAUGGAGGAAAUAGGACUCGAGGGCAAGCAGACGGAUAUGGUUUAGAAAUUCUCCCCAAACUCAAAGACGUCAAAAGUCGGGACAAUGGCAUGAACCUGGUGGACUAUGUCGUGAAGUAUUAUCUGCGGUACUAUGAUCAGGAAGCUGGAACAGACAAGAGUGUUUUCCCACUACCUGAACCACAAGAUUUCUUUCUGGCCUCCCAAGUCAAGUUUGAAGACCUCGUAAAAGAUUUGAGAAAACUGAAGCGACAGCUGGAAGCAAGUGAGCAACAGAUGAAGUUGGUGUGCAAGGAGUCCCCGAAGGAGUAUCUGCAGCCUUUCAAGGACAAGCUGGAGGACUUCUUCCAGAAAGCCAAAAAAGAGCAUAAAAUGGAAGAAAGCCACUUGGAGAAUGCGCAGAAAAGUUUUGAAGCAACAGUGGACUAUUUUGGAAUGAAGCCAAAGACUGGAGAGAAGGAGAUCACCCCCAGCUAUGUGUUUAUGGUGUGGUUUGAGUUCUGCAGCGACUUCAAGACCAUUUGGAAACGCGAGAGUAAGAACAUAUCGAAAGAAAGAUUGAAAAUGGCGCAGGCUUCUGUCAGCAAAUUGACAUCGGAGAAGAAAGUGGAGACAAAGAAAAUCAAUCCCACUGCUAGUCUGAAAGAAAGACUGCGUCAGAAGGAAGCCAGUGUGUCCACCAGCUAAGAUGAACACAGAAGGAUAGCUCAGGGCCAGAGGACGCGGCCCAGUGCUCCUUUACACACCAGUGCCAAGGGGAGCUCCCGACAGAUCUGUUACAGAACAUUUGCUUUGCUUAUCUCCUUCUGAGGUUGUCUGCAGGAAGUGCCCUGUGCCUUCUCUGAGGGGUCCCUUGUUAAUCCGCGGGAACAAUGCAGUGCUAUGUAUGGGGAUAUUACAGGAAUAUCUGAUAAUUGUUUCUUAUAGACGUCCAAAGCCCACCCUAUAAAAUAAUCAGAAGAUAUACCAAAAUUUUUCGCAUUUUAGUUUAUGCUGAAUUUCUAAGCUUCCCAGUGUCUAGCCACCAUAGAAAAAGAGGUACCUCUUUUGUGGUGCAUACCAUGAGAGAACUCGAGCCUCGUUCCUCACACAUUGUGGGUUUUUGUUUUGUUUUGUUUUUUGUAUUGGUCUUAAUCUUGACCCAGUUGUACCAAGAUCCUAUGGCAUUUUCAACAAAAAUGUUGAAACUUACCAGAACUGUUUUUGAAGAAUUAACCUCACAGACUAGGAAAGUGAUUUUUGAUAGUGACAAUUAUGAUAUAAUGAAAAGGAAAGAGAUUAAGAUUUCCCAUGGGUUGAGAGAGAGAGAGAGAGAGAGAAUAAUAAUAAUCAUAAUUGCAUCCUGGAGACUAAGUUAUGAUGCUAAGAGUGAACAUUGCCAUUGAGAUCAGUUCACACAGCUAGCACGGCUUCCUGGCCAGUAGAGAUUCUGUAACAUAACAGGGCAGGACAGACUUGGACCAAGCGUCCGCUUGGGCAAGUGACCGUGUGGCUUCAGAUCCACAUGGUCAGUGACUGAGUGCUAAGCAGACAGGCAGAUGAGGUCGACAUGGUACUCUGCCACUUGCUACUUGGUCUCUUCCACCAUUCCCAAGCAGUUUCCAGACAGGAGAGCAAAUGUCAACUUUCAUCAUGGCCUUGACUCAAAAACAUGUGAAGAAAGGGACCAGGAACCAUUUGCUGUCCAAAACGUGAUGGUCAGAAAGAAGUUCUCUACCGUAAAGUGCAAGCAAGGUAGUUGUGUUAGUACUAACCUCUGAAUGGACUGUCAGGGGCAGGCUGUGUUUUCUUACUCUGGCCCUUAAAUCAGGGAGAAAAGCCUCCUGGGACCCUUUUCCUACAUUUUUACUCCCCAAGGCAACUGCUGUUAGAAUUUCCCUGGUGAGGAAACAAGAGGACUGGGCAUGAACUGAGGAUUGGAUUGAAGACUGUGUUCUUAAGCUUGGAUGGAAUGAAGGACUGUGCUUUCUUCUCUUGGUGGAGAGAGUCUAGAGUUACUCAGAAUCUUGCAUCCCUUGCUGAUCUGGCUACCUCCGGCUGUCUUGUGGGGCCUGCCUCUUGUGUCAGCAACUUUCUCGAACCUUUGAACUUGCCAGAUACCUUAAACGUCUUCCUGGAAUCUGCCUACCAGUCAUCACCUCCACCCCCCACCCCACUCAGGGACACUCUGAGAAUAGAUGCAAGGUAAUGAAAGCAUCACCAUAGGCAGACAUAGUGCAAACGGUGUGAAGCAAGAGUCGCUGGCUUCUACCAAGUCACAGACGCCACAUCCAUGCAGGUGCUAAUUGUCUUUCAGUGACCCAAAGGAAAGGACGUGAUCACGUGGUUAAUUUUAAUCAAAAGGAAGGGAUGAGACAAAAUAGACAAUCGAAUAAGAAACCUACCAUGAAGAGAAUGCCUUGGCAUCGCUGUUCUUUUCCUGUUGCCUUUUGUAUAUUGUUUCUCUUCAUUUUCGCUGUAACUAUAAAGAAGAACAAAGGAUUUAACCAACAAGGCAAACUGCAGUUGCGGACAUUCUGUUCUCCCUGGCCUCCUUGUUAGUACUGAAGUGCAAAAGAAAAGUGAAAGUUUGUCUCUACCUCAGGAGUCAUGCCAGUGUUCUGUCUGCACAGCCUACACCUGAUGGGUCCUGGGGAUGGGAUGAGUGGAACAGGAGGCUUUCAGUGGGGUUGAUGCCACCUCGGGUCUCUAAGAUGUCCGUGAGUCACCACAGAUGGCACUGUCUCUCUGUCCUUCCAGAACACAGCAGAUCCUCCAGGCUGUUGGGAACCAGAUCAUAUUGGGGUGGGGGCGGGGGACACACCCUUUUGUCUUCUAAUAUCUUAACUCUAUUUUGUAGUACCCCCCCCCAUAUAAAAAGUCAAAGACAAAACCAGCUGGGGUAAAGAUGCUGCAGAGACAGCUCAGUAGUUGAGAGCACAUGCUGUUCAUAUAGAUGGCCUGAAUUUGGAUUCCAUUGCCCAUGUUGGGUGGCUCACAAUCACUGUAAGUAUCCUGAGCAAUCUGACAUCCUCUUCUGUCCUCCAUGGACCCAAUGCACACACAGUCAUACACAUACCUACACACAAACAUACAUGUAUGCACAUAAUUAAAAAUUAAAAUAAAUCUUAAAAAUCAAGCGGGGACAUGAUACAGCAAGAUACAUGAAAAAAAAAUCGAAAGGUAUACUUUCCCCCAACUAUUUUAUUUUACAAAGUAGUUUAAAUUGUGUUAAAAAUUUAUAGUAGGAAGUAUGUUUUCUUUUCCUUGAUUUUCAUUUUAUUUUAUAAAAGGAGGGGAAAAGUACCAAAAGAUUAUGGGAAACAUGCCUCCAUAGAUUUGGUCAUAGACAAAUAAGUUUAAUUAUUGAAUCACAAAACAGGAGCACACUAUGAAAUCCAAAGUGGUGUGAGUCCUGACUAAGCAUGUAUGAGACCGAAUGGCUGUGAUGAGCAGCCGCAAACCCGCCAGCCGUCUGCCUGGAACGGCAGCUGAAGUCAGGCUGUCUUUACUAUGGAUUUGAAAGAGUCAAGAUUGUCUCGAAAAGCCACGUAGAGAAAGGCAUGAAUUCUAGAGCCAGAUGUGUCUCUGUCCUUCCUCUGGAUUCCCCUGAGGGAAGUUUACAAGUGAGUGGCAUAUCAGAAGACCACGAAUAUCAAAGUCCAUAGUUUAUCUCGUGUGGCUUGAGGGACCCUGCAGAAGAGUGAACUGAUCUGUCACCCAGAUCAGCUACUUUGUCUGCAUAAGGGCAUCUGCAGUGCAGGUGAACCGAGUCUCUUCCCAAACUGAUAGAGUUGUGAAGGAAAUUUCCGUCUCACAAAAGGGAGAUAGCAUCGGAUAGGCUUUCAUCUUCUAGCAGUGGAAAGCCGCUUAGAAGCUAUGACCGAUACAGAACGGACCUAAAGAAAAGCACCCCCCAAAACUCAAUUCCGCAGCUCUUCCCCUCUAGUCUUACACAAUUGUUCUUAAUGCUGGUGGCACUCGGGUCCAGGCACAACCAGGUUCAGUUUCACAGCUGUAUGUGACCAAGCUGCUUCCCCAUUAGCUGUUGACACCUUGUAAGGAACCCUCAUUAUGAAUUUCACCCUUCCUCACUCCCCUCCACAAGGAUGGGCAAUCUCCCAAACUCCCUUAAGAUAACACUUGGCCGGAAAGUGGAGAAUCUGAAAGAGGCUCAGCGCAUGUCACACGACACCAGCUCAGAAGCCUCAUUUGCUGCAAUGCAGUGCCUUGUAUCACACUUGGGGAAUCUGAGUACUUAACAGCUUACUUGGAUACAUGGGCACAUGAAAAUGAUAGCUUGCUGACUGUCUCUUCAGGUGUCAUCAGGUUUCAAAAAUAAACAAACAAACAAAACCUAGACAAGCAAAAGAAGCCAUCCACUGUCCUCAAGCGGAAUGUAUUGGCCUCCAUUUGCACUCUAGCUCAGCCCAGCCCAUCUUCAGACACCCUAGAGAUGACCAGUGCCAUUGAGGCCUUUUAUUCUCUGCUUUUCUCUUUGCUUCAGUCUGUCGCUUACGUGAACCCUACACUUUAUUCCUUAUUGUUGUCAUCAAAUACACGGUCUGAAGAAGACUGACCUAACUUCAGUUAUGCCUUUGUUUUGCUGUUUUGCUGUUCUGUGUUGUUUUUCUAAGGAACAAAUUGAGCCUACACACUCCAUACACUACAUACCUCAUGCGACGCACUCUGUCCUCAGAUAAUUUUUAUCUUGUGUAUACAAGGAGUCUACUGGGGUCUGAUUCGACUGCCUCCAUGGAUCCAUGGUAUUUUUUCAUGGUUCCUGUGAGACAUGACAGCCCCGGGCUACCAAAACACAAAUGAGUCAGUAGGCUUAGGCGGAAAUGAACACCCCAGGGAACAGACAGGCUCUACCACACUCAAUAGAGUUGUCACCUAGGCUGAGUGUCACGCUCAGAACUCUUGCGUUCCCCACCUCAGAAGCUGCAAGAAUGUCUUAGAGAGAAUGUGCAUCCCGUAAAUAGUGUGGGUUUCCAAAGAGGUAUAUUUAUGUCAAGUAAGAAAUCAAGUGUAUACCAGGAGCCGUUUGCCAAAGUCACACCUGCUCCCCUCCACUGUUCUCUUAGGGUUUUCUUCAACUUCCACCUUAUAACGCAAGGUGUUCUUAAUCGUUCACCUAUGUUGGCUUCCCUACUUGAUAUUUCUCAAACAAAAGCCCAGGCCUAAAGACCACUAAGCACCCAGGGAGAUUUCUCUGCCUCACCAUGCAUGACUGAUAGAUUUCAAAAAUGAACAACUCUGGGAAUCCAUGGAAUGAAUUUUAAUUCUAGUCUAUAACCUUAAGGUGUGAAAAGGCCCCUAGGGCGUGCACAAAUUGUCCUGCUCCCCCGUUGAAGGACCAAAGAGCGUUAAGAAUGCUUACAUUGUAGGUAUGUUUUGUGAACUACAAAUAAUCUUUUUCCCUCAUUUUUAGAGGGAUGUACUUAUUUUUGCUUUAUGCGUAUGUUUGUCCGUCUACAUGUAUGUAUGUGUACCACCUGUGUGCAGAAGCUAGUAGGAGGCUGUUAGAUCCUCUGGAACUGGAGUUACAGACAGUUGUGAGCCACCACGUGGAGGCUGGGAACUGAACCUGGAUCCUCUGCAAGAGCAGCCAGUGCUCUUAAGCAUUUCUCCAGCCUCCUUUUCCUACCGGCUCUUUCUAGAUACAACCUACGUUUUUCAUGUCUGGCCAUCAGUCUCAAUAGUGGUUCUGCACAGAGCCUGGAAGGCAUUCACUACUCUUGGAAACCAUUCCAAGUCUUGAAGUGAUUCUGUCUGCAGUGAUUUGAAUAGAGUUUGUGAAGUCUACCAGAGGCACAGGUUUCUUUUAAAAUCGUUAAUUUUAUAAUUCUACUAUUUUCCAACUUCCUGAGACACAAAUACCAUGCCUCACUGGCCUACUGACCACUGUGGGCAUAAUCUUUGAGGAUUAUGUGAUUUAAGGGAAAAGGGUUUCCCUUUAAGGGAACAAUCUAAGAUAGUCUCCGAAAGGCAGAGCGUUUACAAAUUAGACCCUGGCUAAUUUUUAAGAGCCUUUAGUGGAAGCAUGUCAUCAAUUCAUCACAGUGUUUUCCGUCUGUGAAUUAUAAUCCAGACUAGUGUGGGAAGCAGGCUCCCUGGACUUUGAUUUAGGGAUCAUGUUUUUUUGCCUGGAAAAUAAGCUUUGGCCUGCAUGUCUAGAAACUCUCUGAAAUCAGUUAGCGUCCUAAUAUGAGUCAGAUGCCACAGAAAUGUAAGUCGCUUUAACUCAUUUAUGGUUUGGCUCGGUUUGGUUUAGUUUUUCUUAGCACCACCUGGGAUCACGGAAGCUGCUUCCUAAGAUUCCCGUUGACUUUUGCAGUGUCUCCUGUCCACCUUCUGAGAUCUCAAGCAGUAGGGGAUGACAGAGGAAAACCAGGAAACAGGAGAGAAGAAACACUGAACGAAUCCAGUGCAGUGUUUUUGCAUAGCCUUUGCCAUGAUAGUACCAGGGGCAUUUUUAAUAGUAAUGUAGGCCGUUUGUAUUAGGCAAAUAGGAGUGUCCCAUGUUGUUAUACAGCUCAAUGACAAGACUCUGAGCCGACCCAUGUUCAGCUCAGUAACAUCCAGCUUCAGAUUCUGCUACAAGGGUGACUCGCCCAAGGACCUUUCUGUGUCCUCUCUACCUGCUCACAAACCACAGCAGCAGCUAACAUCAUCUCGCUCUCCUCCAUCCCAUGCUUCAUCUUCAACCUUCACUUCCUCCCCAUAUCAUAGCCCCUCUCCUCCGAAGGGAUCUCCACAGCUUCUCCUGGACCCAGCUACUCUGUCCUCUCCAGCGCAGACCCCGAAUGCCCCUCAGCCCUCUCACGUCCCGUGCUCCAGCCUCCAGUGUUUGGACAGAGCACUACUGUCACCAAGGAGCCUGUGUGAGACACACUGCUGAGACUGCCUCUUGUUAAUGUCACCAUCACCUCAUCACUUAGGCAAAGAGAGGGAAAAUCCAUAAAAGAGGUGGAAAAUGCAUUUCUUUUUUUCAUUUCGUUCUGCUUUAUUAAAGAGGUUGGGUGUUCUAGUUCUUGGUCUCUCGCAGAGUUUUAAACAGUCUAAUUAGAGAACACUUUUGAUCCGUCGGAGGAGCUAUGACCAGCCUAAAUCUCGGGCUCUCAGCUUUCUGUGCCGCUGGACAAAUUGACCUCUGUGCAAGCAUUUUGAAUCCUAAGACUUCUUAUUGCCACUCCAUUCUUAUUAUUGCUCAUGACUCAAACAUCUACCACAAUCUGAACUGGGAUGUUGACGUUUUGUGGUUCUUUUCAGAUUAACAGUAACUGUUAUGCUCUUAAAAGCACUCAUAGAAAUGUAAGCAUGUCCUGCAUAGUUGACUAUUUUGCCAUGGUAAAAUCUGGUAAAAUCCCGUCUUUUUAUUCAAAUAUUAGACCAAUUCAUAAGGUGUAACUUUAAGGAAUUUUAAACAAUAAAAUAAAGAUAGCUUUGGGAAGGAGAAGCACUUUAUAGACAUGGAACCUUAUAUUACAUGUUCUUGGAUGUUUUUAAGCAUAAUAAGCUAACUGAAUUUGGGUAUUUUCCCUUUAAGUUAAAAAUAGUAUGUAUUUCUAAUUGCAUAUUUAAUUUUGUCAACCAACACUGACAAAUGUUCAUGAGUUGAAUCUGUAAAUGUAAUUUGCAACCAAAUGAAGUAUUUAUUUUUAAAAAGAAAAGGUGAAGGAACCAAUAUUGACUUGUACAUACUGAAAAUAUGUGUGUAUAUAAUUUUUUCCUUCUUGACACUGCUUGAUCAUUAUAUCAAGUGUAUUUUUGUACAUAAUAUAUAUUGGUUAGAAAUGUCUAUUGAAAUAAAUUCUAUCUCUGUGAUAGAUUCUAUUUAUCCUAAUCUAUUGAUAUUCUGUUGAUUUGUUUUAAGAGACAGAACACUAUUUUUUUGAAUUUCCAGAGAAUUGCGUUCACUGCACUACUUGUGAAUAUGUUAAGGGUAUUUUAAUAAAUCUUGGUUUCAUGUCCC